AUGGCUUCUUACUCUUGGGGCAACCACUAUGAACAGCACCCAGAGCAAGUGCCUUCAUUGGAAUGGGUCUUCACCACGUCUCUCAAAAGCCACCAAGAGCUCUCCUACACCAAGGAGAUCUUCGGGUCUCCUCAGUGUCCACAGUGUCUGCAGUAUCUGGAUGACCCUGAUCUGAAACAUUUCCUGGGAGACCCCAAUGAUGCUUUGGAAGAACCAGAGGUGUUGGCUGACAAACUGCUAUGCAUUUUUGAAGAUGACAAACCAGGCACUGAGAGCUACGACUAUUUCCCACAACAUAAAAUAACCUACUUCAGUGUUUAUGACUCAAUGGGCCAUUUGUGCCCCUUCGAUACAGGCCUAGUUGAGAAGAACAUAGAACUCUUCUUCAGUGGUAUAGUAAAACCAAUCUAUGAUGAAAACUCAAGUCCAGAGGGUGGUAUCAGAGCCAAAAAACUUGGUCCUAUAAAUGGAUGGUGGAUUACUGGUUAUGAUGGGGGAGAUAAAGCUUUUAUUGGCUUCACAACAGGUUUUGCUGAUUAUAUUCUGAUGGAACCCAGUGAGGAAUAUGACCCCAUCUUUUCACUGAUGCAUGAGAAGAUGUAUCUGAGUAAAACAGUUGUGGAAUUUUUGCAGACAAAUUCUAAUGCCUCUUAUGAAGACCUUAUCUGUGAGAUAGAAUCAACAAUUCCUCCUCCUGGGCUGAAUUUUAGUCGAUUCACAGAGGAUUCCCUUCUUCGUCAUUCCCAAUUUAUAGUUGAUCAAGUACAAAGUUAUGAUGAGGCCAGAGACGUUUAUGAGGAGCCUAUCAUUAUUGCACCCUGCAUGAGAGAAGUGAUUAGCUUAGCUGGUGUUACCCUGGGACAAAGACGAGCUGCAAGGCGGCAAGCCAUGCAGCACACUACCAAAGGGAAAAAGGGGAAAACUCCCACCAAAGCCACCACCACCAAUCUUGUCUACCAGAUUUUUGAUAGUGUCUUCUCGGAGGAAAUUGACAAGAAGGGAAAAGAAGAUGUAGAGUCUUUGGUGAAGCGUUGGCGCUGUGGUAUCUGUGAGGUUUGCCAACAGGCUGAUUGUGGAAUAUGCACAGCCUGCAAGGAUAUGGUUAAAUUUGGUGGCAGCGGGCGCAGCAAGCAGGCUUGCCUACGAAGAAGGUGCCCAAAUCUAGCUGUGAAAGAGGCAGAAGAGGAUGAAGAAGAACUCGAUGAGGAUGUUCUUAUAGAAGAAUACCCAAGAAAACAUACGAACCGAAGAAAAGAAACGAACAAGACUAAGAUCUUCUGGAUUGGAGCUCCAAUCAAUGACGGAGAGAGAAACUACUAUAAGAAGGUAUUCGUUAACUCCGAAAAACUGGAAGUAGGAGAUUGCGUAACCAUCAGUCCUGAUGACCCCACUAAACCAUUAUGGCUAGCUAGAAUCACUGCAUUGUGGCAAGAAGACAACGAACAGAUGUUUCAUGCUCACUGGUUCUGUACUGGGGCAGAUACUGUCCUUGGGGCAACGUCAGACCCUCUGGAGCUCUUCUUGGUAGAUGAAUGUGAGGAUAUGCAGCUCUGCUAUAUCCAUAGCAAAGUGAAUGUUAUUUAUAAAGCUCCCUCAGAAAACUGGUCCAUGGAGGGGGGGUCAGAAGUAGAGCUCAAAAUGAUUGAAGACGAUGGCAAAACCUAUUUCUACCAGAUGUGGUAUGACCAGACUAUGCAAGGGUUGAGGACUCCUCCAAAGAUUGAAACUCCAGAGGAAAACGAGUAUGGAUUCUGUGCAAGCUGUGUCCGUCAGUCUGAAAUGAGAGAAAUGGCAACUCGCAGCGUCUUUGAGCCUCUAGAGGAAGUCGAAGGCAAAAUAUUCUACAACCUGGCAACGCACAAUGGUGUACAGUACAGGAGAGGAGAUAGUAUUUUCUUAAUGCCUGAGGCUUUUGGAUUUCUGUUACUCCUAUCAAGUAUUAUAAUCAAAAAGUUGAAAGAGUCAGUGAAUGAGGACCAAUACCCAGAAUACUUUAGAAAACAAUCAGAUUAUAUUAAGGGAAGUAACCAGCAUGUCCUUCAGCCAUAUCGCAUUGGCCGAAUCAAAGAAAUUUUCUGUGAUGAAAGAAAUGAUGGAACAGAUAUCAAACUCAAGGUUAACAAAUUCUACAGACCAGAGAAUACCCACAAAUGUACGACAAACACAUUUUCUGAGGAUAUCAACCUAUUAUACUGGAGUGAUGAAGAAGCUAUUGUGGAUUUCAAAGAUGUGCAAGGCCGCUGUGUUGUAAAAUUUUGUGACGUGACAGAGCCUGAGGAAUAUUCUCUGGUGAUGCAGAACACUUUUAUUUUCCAAGAGGCCUAUAAUGCAAAAACUAAAAGUUUUGAAGAAGUGCCGAGUUAUGCCCGUGGUGAUAAGGACAAAGGAAAGCACAAAGGCACAAGAAAGGCAAAGGAGCCAUUGGAGCAGGAACGGAAGUGAAGCUGCCCUAACUUCGCACCAUGGGAUGUGUUCUCUGGCUGUGGAGGAUUGUCUGAAGGCUUUCACCAAGCAGGAGUAUCUGAAACACUGUGGGCCAUUGAAAUGUGGAAGCCUGCAGCCCAGGCAUUCUGUCUGAAUAAUCCUCAGACUACUAUGUUCACGAGAAGAUUGAAUAUUAUCCUGAAACUGGUUAUGUCUGGGCAUAAGACCGCUCAAGGCCACAAGCUGCCUCAGAAAGGAGAUGUAGAAAUGCUAUGUGGUGGCCCACCCUGCCAAGGGUUUAGUGGCAAUGAACCGCUUCAACUCCCGCACUUUUCCAAGUUCAAGAACUCUCUAGUGGUCUCCUUCCUCAGCUACUGUGAUUACUACAGACCCAGGUUUUUCGUACUAGAGAAUGUAAGAAACUUUGUGUCAUUCAAACGUUCCAUGAUUCUGAAGCUGACCCUCCGAUGUCUGAUUCGAAUGGGAUAUCAGUGCACAUUUGGUGUAAUGCAGGCUGGCCAGUAUGGCAUUGCUCAGACGAGAAGAAGGGCCGUCAUCCUGGCUGCAGCCCCUGGCGAGAAACUCCCCAUGUUUCCGGAGCCCCUGCAUGUCUUCGCACCCCGAAUCUGCCAGCUCGCUGUAAUGGUGGAUAACAAGAGAUAUUUUAGCAAUAUAAAGAGGAUGGGUUCUGCUCCGCUUCGAACGAUGACUGUCUAUGAUGCAAUGUCAGACCUCCCAAGUAUCCAGAAUGGUGCCUCAGAGGAUGAGACUGCUUACAAGGGGGAGCCCAAAUGCUGGUUCCAGAGACAGAUAAGGGGCUCAAAAGAUCAGCAAAUCCUCAGGGACCACAUCUGUAAGGAAAUGCAUGCUUUGGCGAUGGCUCGGAUAAAACUGAUUCCCCUGACCCCAGGGGCAGACUGGCGAGACCUUCCUAACAUCCAGGUGCACAUCUCAGAUGGCACAGUCACCAAGAAACUCCGAUAUAAUUAUGAUGAUAAGAAGAAUGGACGUAGCAGUACUGGAGCCCUCAGAGGGGUCUGUUCCUGUGCAAAAGGUAAACGAUGUAAUCCUGCAGAUAGACAGUUCAACACCCUGAUUCCAUGGUGCCUGCCUCACACUGGGAACAGGCACAACCAUUGGGCUGGGCUCUAUGGAAGGUUGGAGUGGGAUGGCUUCUUCAGCACCACAAUUACGAAUCCUGAACCCAUGGGCACACAGGGUCGAGUACUUCACCCAGAACAGCACCGACUGGUGAGCGUACGGGAGUGUGCCCGGUCCCAAGGAUUCCCAGAUAACUACAGAUUGUUUGGCCAAAUCCUAGAUAAACACAGACAGGUGGGUAAUGCAGUGCCUCCACCGCUUGCCAGAGCCAUAGGCAGGGAAAUCAAGCUCUGCAUGUUGGCCAAACUGAAAGAGAAGGCCAUAGGUAGGUGUCAGUGUGGCUAG